AUGUCACUUGUUAAACAGAACUUUGCGAGCUCUUGUGAAGAAGCCAUCAAUCAACAAAUCAAUACCGAGUUGCAGGCAUCGCAAGUCUAUCUGUCCAUGGCGGCAUGGGCCGGCAGCAGCAACGUAGCGUUACCUGGAUUUCAAAAGAUGUGGUUAGAAUCAGCAACAGAAGAACGCACUCACGCUCAAUGGCUCAUUGAUUAUCAAAAUAUGCGCGGUGGACGCGUGGUUUUACAAACGUUGUAUGCUCCCGAAAGCGACUGGAAGUCGGCCAAGAAUGCAGUUGAAGCAGCCCUACAGUUGGAAAAAGACGUGAACAAAUCGUUAUUGAAUAUGUUCAAGAUCGCAGAAGAGAAUAACGAUCCUCAGUUGGCCGAUUUCAUCUCCAGUAAAUUCUUGACCGAACAAGUGCAAGCCAUCAAGACAUUGGGUGACAUGGUUACGCAAAUCAGCCGGGUCGGAUCUGAUGGAUUGGGUCUCCAUUUGUAUGAUCAGUCAUUACUGGCGGGGGGUUCCGGCGCCGGCAAUAGAAAUAUUUAG